AUGCUGUGCGGCAAGCCGCCGUUCUGGGGCAACUACAACGAGCAGCUGAGGAGGAUGAAGCGGGAGAGCUUCCCCAUGAGCGACAGCACCUGGCAGCAGAUCUCCCGGCCAGCCAAGGACCUGAUCCGGGGAUUGCUUAGAGCUGAUCCCAAGCAGAGGAUGAAGCUGGAGGACGUCCUGCGGAAUCCUUGGCUGAGGCUGCAGGACUCGCCCUCCGCCAUGGACACGCGGGUGGCCAGUCAGGUGUUGAUGAACCUGCGCCAGUUCAGCCGAACUUCUCAGUUUUUCACCAUGUGCGUGGCCUCGGUCGCCAGGCAGUUGGACCACCGCAGCCUCCGCGAUGUCCACAAGGUGUUUGCCGAGAUGGACACGAACGGCGAUGGAGUGCUAGAGCUUCACGAGGUGCGGGCCGGCUUUAUCAAGUUCUUCGGCAGGGACAGCGACCAAGUCAAGGAUGUAGAGAAGGUCUUUGCGAGGUUGGACCUGGACGGCUCGGGGGUCUUGGACUACACCGAGUUCUGCGCCGCCGGCAUCGGCGAGCGCGUGAGCCUGGAGGAAGACGUGCUGUGGGCUGCCUUCAAGGCGUUCGACGUGCAGGACGACGACGGGCGGAUCACCAAGGAGGAGAUCGAGCAGGUGCUGCGGAGCGCGGACGUCAACAAGCUUUGGACGCCGGAGGUCUGCCAGGAGGUGGCCUCUGAGGUCUUCGAGUCCUUUGAUCAGAACGGGGAUGGGUCCCUGGACUUUGAGGAGUUUGUAAAGCUCAUGCGGGAGUGCGCCGCACGACGACAGGUGCACGAGGACGAGGUGGAGCCGGAGGAGCAAGAGCUGAUCGAAGAGCUGGAGAAGGACUUGAAGAUCGGCCGGGCAGACAAGGAUGGACCCUUAUCGACUUCGCAUCGCCCGAACGCCGGUCGAAGAAAGCCGCCGGCUCGCGCCCAUGUGCUCCCAGUUCUGGGGAGAGAUGUCCACAAAAAGCGUGCCAUCUGA